UCCCAAGAAGGACUUGACAGGUGCCGACAGCAACGCCGAGCCCAUGAUCCUGGAGCAGUAUGUGGUGGUGUCCAACUAUAAGAAGCAGGAGAACUCGGAGCUGAGCCUCCAGGCCGGGGAGGUGGUGGAUGUUAUCGAGAAGAAUGAAAGUGGCUGGUGGUUUGUGAGCACCUCUGAGGAGCAGGGCUGGGUCCCUGCCACCUACCUGGAGGCCCAGAAUGGUACUCGGGACGACUCGGACAUCAACACCUCCAAGACUGGGGAAGUGUCCAAGAGACGCAAGGCCCAUCUGCGGCGCCUGGAUCGCCGGUGGACCCUGGGCGGGAUGGUCAACAGGCAGCACAGCCGAGAGGAGAAGUAUGUCACUGUGCAGCCUUACACCAGCCAAAGCAAGGACGAGAUUGGCUUUGAGAAAGGCGUCACCGUGGAGGUGAUCCGGAAGAAUUUGGAGGGCUGGUGGUACAUCAGAUACCUGGGCAAAGAGGGCUGGGCACCAGCAUCCUACCUGAAAAAGGCCAAGGAUGACCUGCCAACCCGGAAGAAGAAUCUGGCAGGUCCAGUGGAGAUCAUCGGGAACAUCAUGGAGAUCAGCAACCUGCUGAACAAGAAGGCAUCUGGGGACAAGGAGACUAUACCAGCUGAAGGCGAGGGCCCCGAGGCCCCCAUUGCAAAGAAGGAGAUCAGUCUGCCCAUCCUCUGCAACGCCUCCAAUGGCAGUGCCCUGGGCGUCCCUGAGAGGACUAUCUCCAAGCUGGCCCAGGGCUCUCCAGCCGUGGCCAGGAUUGCCCCUCAAAGGGCUCAGAUCAGCUCCCCGAACCUAAGGACAAGACCUCCGCCACGCAGAGAAUCCAGCUUGGGGUUCCAACUGCCAAAGCCCCCAGAGCCCCCUUCCGUUGAGGUGGAAUACUACACCAUUGCCGAGUUCCAGUCGUGCAUUUCUGACGGGAUCAGCUUCCGGGGUGGACAGAAGGCAGAGGUCAUCGAUAAGAAUUCAGGCGGCUGGUGGUAUGUGCAGAUCGGUGAGAAGGAGGGCUGGGCCCCCGCGUCAUACAUCGAUAAGCGCAAGAAGCCUAACCUGAGCCGCCGCACAAGCACCCUGACCCGGCCCAAGGUUCCCCCACCGGCACCCCCCAGCAAGCCCAAGGAGGCCGAGGAGGCUCCUGUGGGGGCCAGCGAGAGACAGGACUCACCGCUGAAGCUCAAGUACGAGGAGCCUGAGUAUGACAUCCCUGCUUUUGGCUUCGACUCAGAGCCAGAGCCGAGUGAGGAGCCUGCGGAGGACAGAGACUCUGGGGACAGGCGGCCUGCCCAGCCCCACCGGGCCUCGCCCACCUCCUCGCUGCAGCGGGCCCGCUUCAAGGUGGGCGAGUCUUCAGAGGACGUCGCCCUAGAAGAAGAGACCAUCUAUGAGAAUGAGGGCUUCAGGCCAUAUGCAGAGGACGCCGUGUCAGCCAGGGGAUCCUCCGGGGACAGUGACUCCCCAGGGGGAUCCUCGCUGUCCCUCGCCAGGAAAAACUCCCCCAAGUCAGGCUCCCCCAAGUCAUCAUCGCUCCUAAAGCUCAAGGCAGAGAAGAAUGCACAGGCAGAAUUGGGGAAGAACCACUCCUCGGCCUCCUUCUCCUCGUCCAUCACCAUCAACACUACCUGCUCCUCCUCCUCCUCCUCUUCCUCCUCCUCCCUGUCCAAGAACAGUGGCGACUUGAAGCCCCGCUCUGCCUCGGACGCAGGCAUCCGUGGCACUCCCAAGGUCGGGGCGAGGAAGGACGCUGAUGUGAAGGUGGGGCUGACCUCCUGUGCCCGGGCCAAGCCAUCGGUCCGGCCCAAGCCGUUCCUGAACCGAGCAGAGUCACAGAGUCAGGAGAAGAUGGACAUCAGCACUUUACGGCGUCAGCUGAGACCCACGGGCCAGUUCCGGGGGGGUCUCAAGGGCUCCAAGAGUGAGGAUUCAGAGCUGCCCCCUCAUAUAGCCUCCGAGGGUCCCGGUGAGGGGUCUAGGAGAGGCUCAGCUGACCUCAUCACCCUCCCGGCCGCCACUCCCCCGUGUGCCACCAAGAAGGACUGGGAAGGGCAGGCCACUUCCUACGUGACAUGUAGUGCCUACCAGAAGGUCCAGGACUCAGAGGUCAGCUUCCCCGCAGGCGUGGAGGUGCAAGUGCUGGAGAAGCUGGAAAGCGGAUGGUGGUAUGUGAGGUUUGGGGAGCUGGAGGGCUGGGCCCCCUCCCACUAUCUGGUGCUGGAAGAGAGCGAGCAGCCUGACCUCCCUGGCAAAGAGCCAGACGCCAUAACUGCUAAGAGCAAGCAGAAUGAGGGCAAGUCAGACAGCCUGGAAAAGAUCGAGAAGCGGGUGCAAGCACUGAACACCGUCAACCAGAACAAGAAGGCCACACCACCCAUCCCCUCCAAGCCCCCGGGGGGCUUCAGCAAGACUUCAGGUGCCGCAGCGGUGAAGAUGAGGAACGGCGUGCGGCAGGUGGCCGUCAGGCCCCAGUCAGUGUUUGUGUCCCCCCCGCCCAAGGACAACAACCUGUCCUGCGCCCUACGGAGGAACGAGUCGCUCACAGCCACUGACAGCCUCCGAGGCGUCCGCCGGAAUUCCUCCUUCAGCACCGCCCGCUCAGCGGCUGCCGAGGCCAAGGGCCGCCUGGCCGAAAGGGCCGCCAGCCAGGGCUCGGACUCCCCCCUGCUCCCCACCCAGCGCAACGGCAUCCCCGUGUCCCCCGUGCGCCCCAAACCCAUCGAGAAGUCUCAGUUCAUCCACAAUAACCUUAAGGAUGUGUACAUCUCUAUCGCAGACUACGAGGGGGAUGAGGAGACAGCAGGCUUCCAGGAGGGGGUGUCCAUGGAGGUUCUGGAGAGGAACCCCAAUGGCUGGUGGUACUGCCAGAUACUGGAUGGGGUGAAGCCCUUCAAAGGCUGGGUGCCCUCCAACUACCUUGAGAAAAAGAACUAA